AUGGCUGGCUUUGGUUUUCUAAUUUUAUUUGGUUUCAGUUGUUUGUUGUUUCCAUGUGAAGGUAGCUAUUCUUACACGAUGGUGUAACUACAUACAGCAUCUUAUAAAAUGCCUCUCGUGUUGAGAGCUUCUUCGUGAGAGUUUAAUUUCAAUUAUGAGAAAUUGCUACCACCUAAAUAGGCUAAAUCAUGCACUUAGGCCUGUUUCAAACGUCGCGCUUCUCUUGUGCCGACUAUAGAUAAUCAGCUGAAAGGAUAAUCAGCUGAAAGGAUAAUCAGCUCUCAUUAUCUAUUGUUUCUAAUGCGUUCGGCACAAGAGAAGCACGACGUUUGAAAUAGGCCUUACUGAUGUUUUUAUACUUUACUUGUUUCGUUCACUUUACUCGCCAGACGCUCAGAACAGUCACAAAUCAAGUCAAAUUGAAUUGUAUAUCCCUGUAAAUGUUUUAAUUUGUAUUCUUCAUUUCAAUCGGAAUGACUUGACGUCUUAUGAUUUGUUCGUUUUAAUGCGCCCCAACAUUAUUGUAUUAGUGAAUUGAAUGGUAACAAGAAUAUAGAAGUAACUGGGUUUUUAGCAAGUCUAUAUAUCUAGUAUAAUAGCCAUAUGUAAUUGUUGAGUGAACACGUACUCCCCCCGCCCCCGCCUAUAUCUGUGAAUUAUACCAAAACAAAAUAACAAAAUUGGAAAAUUUGUGUGUUGUUUAUAGGAAAAGUCUUUCCACCAUCUGAUGGAACCAGCUUGGUAUUUGCACGUGGAUCAACUGAGAGAAUAGUGUGGUCAUAUGAUGAUGAAAUAGAAGCGUUGAGUCGUCGGAUUUGGACUUUUGAAUCAAGUGAUGGUAAAGUAGAUGAAAGAUUUGCAUUUGUUGACGCUGACGGUGGGGUUAAUAUAUUAACCAGCUUAUUUGAGGUUGCAAUAGAAAAGCCAGCAACAUUGGUUUUAAGAAACAUUAAUGAAACUUAUGGUGGAACAUACAUGUUUAGUCUUCAACCCAGCAAUGGUGGUGGUGAAUCUGAAGUUGUCGUUUCUAUCGCAGGCAAGUUUUCGUCUAUCUUGUAA